AUGUCCACCUUCCCACUGAGAGCUCGAGCCUGCUUCUGUGCGUCUUCGGGAGGUAUCGGUUUCGCCGAUGUUGAUUGUAUUGCCCUCGCUAACAACCCAUCAUCGCAUCCUUCUUCCGGGAUGGUGCACGAGUCUUCAACUUGCUCCAUCGUUAAUGCAUUCUCGAAACAUGACCACUUGGCGACCCCAAGCACUUCGCCCGUGUCUUCGUCCACGGCUUGGAAAUAUCGCACGGCCGUACUAUUCAACGCGUGGUUCCUUUGCCGCAGCACGGUGAAAGCGAGAUUCAGGGGAUUUGGGGGACCGAUACACAGACGACCGAUGCCAUGGGUGAAGGCGGUGCAGGCGAUGAAAGCAAACUUGUCCAAUGACUCAAUAGGCAGAGGGAGGACUUUCACUGUCAUGAUGGAAACAGGAGCGUGGUUUCAAUGA